CAUUACAUUUAGGUGAUGCUCCGAAAUAAAUGAAAAACAUUAUGCAAAAUAUCAUAAGCAUAGCAGCAGUUAAAGGGCCAGCUGCACAGGGAGCGGAAGUGGGAGUCACUCGCAGAAACUGAAAGUCAACAAAAUAAAGAGGCAGUGUUUGAACACGAUACAAUGAUUCGUCAAGUAGACGACGUGAUGGCGCUCUGCUGUAAACUCUCCGAGAGCAGGCAGAUUAAAGCGGCUGUGCGGAACUCAGCCAAAGGAGCUGCUGCUGCUGCUGGAGGGGCUUUUGUUGGGGGGCUGCUCGGAGGUCCACCCGGUUUAUUUAUUGGUAGUUCUUUGGGAGGUGCCGUGGGAUGGUGGAUGACCAGUGGCACAUUCCGUCCCCUUCACCAGAUCAUAAUGGAGAUGCCUCCUCAACAGAAGAUGAAACUGUACUCUGAGGUCAUGGCAGUACUGGGCAAACUGGAUUGGGUUGAUCUGGCUCAGCUCAUUUUUCUGGUGAUGGGUAACUCCUCUCUACAGAUGCGAGUACUCACUACUUUAAUCUCUUUUGCCACAAAAGAGCUCGGAGCCAAAGUGGAGUAUGAACAAAAAUAGUGUUAAAGUCACUAAAGCCACGUUUAAGCAAAGUUUGACUAUCUGAAGAGCUUGUUUAAUUCCGUUUUUUUUUUUUUUUUUAACAUAAAGAUACCUUGUGUUAUGGUCGACUCCUUUUCCUAUAUUUCUAUUUUAAUCCAGUUUACCAGAGCCACAGAGUUUCACUGUAAACCUCAACAUUUUUUUAAUAUUUAGAUGCUUAAAAUACUUUUCAAGUAAUCAAUAAGUGAGUAAAUCCGAGUAAAUAAGCAAUAAUCUUUUUUUAAAACACGUAAAAUCAAGACCACCUCAUGAGCCACUUCAGUACAGUUAAAGGGAUAUUACCUAAAACAAAAACAAAGAAAAGAAAAUUCAGUCAUUUGACUUUCCAUUAUAUGGCCCAAAUAAUAUACAGUUACAAUAAUAUAAAAGUUUUUUCUACAAAAGUAAGACUGACACACAAGUUUGGAACAACAUGAGGGUGAGUAAAUUAUGAUUUUAUCAAUUUUGGUUAAUAAUACAUCUAAUUAGUUAAGCAUAUUAAUCAUAUUUAAAAAAGCAUAUUAAUUAGUUAAGCAUAUUAAGCCGUAAAAAAAAAAAAAAAUGUUGUUGUUUUCAUAUUCAUUUGAUUUUUUUUUUUUUCUUAAAACCUAGGAUAGGAUAGGAUUUAGCUGACCUGAAUCAGAAUCAUCUUUGAAUUUUUGUUGUUCUUUAAGGCUGCAACUAACUACACAACUUUUAAUUUCAUUAUACACCUAUACCCACUUUGUAAAUCAUCACAAAGCCGGCUCAAAAUAUCAAACAUGUUUGAUAUCAUCUGACUAGAUGGAUUUAUAAUCCGUAGCUAAAAAGUCUAUGGCCAUCAUGCACUACACAAAUUUCUGUGGAAUCUGUAAUUGUAACAUGAUUGACACAGCGUUAUUUCAUAAUUGCAGGAAUAACCCCUUAACACAUGUACCACGUUAUUGUAAUUGUGUUUAUCUGGUGCCCUAUAUGCACUACUGUUCAAAACUUUGGAGUUGAUAUGGUUUUUAAUUUUUGUUUUAAUUAUCUUAUGCUCAUCGGUGUUGCAUUUAUUUGAUUAAAACAUAGU